AUGAAGAAUAAAGGAGCCAAGCAGAGGUCCAAAAAGAAAGGAAGUGAGAAUGCAUUCGGCUGUGACUUGACAGAACAUCUACAGAAUUCAGGACAAGACGGUAAACUAGUUUCUUUCAAUAUUUAUUAUGUUGCUUCCCUUUCCUGCUGCUUCCCUUUUCUAGCACAUUUCAGCAGAUUUCAUCAUGUCCCAUAAAAAAACUGUUACACAGCAACAGAGCCCAAUUAUUGGCCCAUAUAUAGUCAUUAUUUAACAUGUACUGGAUUUAUUGAGGGCAUUGUCAUAUUUCAUGUUUUUAGAUGUAGUAAUAACCUAAAUAAACAACAAAUAAUAGUUAUGAUUAUGAUAAAAUAAUAAUACAGGACUAUCCUUUAGAAAACACUUUUCCAAACCACCUACAUUGGGAAAAGCUGUUCUCAGACAAAACGUUUAAUAAUUUAACAACUUAGUCUAUUUUUUUAUUUUUCAUUGAGCUAUUACAAUAUUUGUACUUUGGUCUGAGAACAGCUUUUCCUAAAUUGACAGCGAAUUCUCAAUGACUGUUUGAGACAGGAUAUGUAAUGGUGCAGUUGAAUUAUCUAUACAUCUUCUGUAUGGAACACCUCAAAGGUUUUAGGAGAAUUCAGAAUUAGAUUGAGCCUUAUUCAACACUUAUGUUUUGGGCAAAGAAUAUGUUAAACCUCUGCUUUGGAUGAUUUGGUAAACGUAGUGUGAAAUCAGUUAGGAAAGAUCCCUGCUGUUUACAUAGUUAACAGUUGGACAGUACAUUAUUUAGUUUAUUAAGGUGUGUGACACAGAUAUAUGUUGCAAUUUGGACAUCAAUGGACAUAUGUUUUACAUUUCAUUAAGUCCUUUAGGCACCCACAGAGGGGAUUUGUGACUUAGGGUGUGGCUCCUGGUGUUCUUGUCAACUUCCCACCAAGAGGCCUGCGUCUUCUCUCUCUCUCUCUCUCUCUCUCUCUCUCUCUCUCUCUCUCUCUCUCUCUCUCUCUCUCUCUCUCUCUCUCUCUCAUCUCUCUCUCUCUCUCUCUCCUCUCUCUCUCUCUCUCUCUCUCUCUCUGUGAGGAUUCUGGGUGGGCAACACUGUUCACAGGGGACAGUAGCAGCCAACAGAUCAUAAUUCAGACAACAAUUUGAGGAUGGGUGUGUUUACCCAGAUAGUAUUUGAAUGGAGGUAAAAAAUAGUUAUAUGAAGUGAGGUAAUGUGAUGUGACUUGGAAACCUUUACUUUGAACAGAUUUAACAGCUAAACAGAUUUUAUAAAGUAGUUUACACAAGACACAUGUUUCUGCUACAGGGGGAGAAGGGACUAUAAUUGACUAUAUGGCUAAUAUGAUGAUACUUUUAGUUUUUAUUUGUAAAUUACAAGUGACUUAUGAUAUCUGCUUUUGUUGACGUGACACUGCAAUAUCAGCUGUUGUUGACUGUCACUAACUCUGUCUGACCCUAGACAGGGAAGACAAAGGAUGUGUAUAAUUACUUAAUUUACACAGACAAUUUACUUACGAGGAUGUUAUCCAAUUUAACAGUCAACAGUAUCUUAUUCAAUAAGCCGUAUUAGAUUCCUUUUGAAUCCACAAGAAGAUUUCCAGGCAAGCAGGAGUUUCGUUCUGAGCAAAUACUCAAAAGUAAUGGUGACUCAAAUCCCAUUCGGACCAGGCAGCCACCAUUUUGACCACAGGCAUGUCACUGCGAGUGUCUGUUCAGAUGUGGGAGAACAGACUUUCAUUCAUACAGCCCAUGAGAACCUCAAGAUAGAAUGAAUUGUUUGAAUUGUUUUCGUGUUGCUUGGCUAAUGUUCAGCUGCAUAUCAGCGAUAUCCUCAUGUCUAUGUGCUUAUUGAUUUAUUGUUCAGGUUGAGUUGUGAUGUUCAUGAGAUAUGUUAAGAGUUUGAAAAUGAGGGAAACGAUGUGUAAACUGACAUUGAUCUAUGCCACUGUUCCACUAUAAGCUGUUGUAUAGCUUAUACAAUAGCUCUGCAUUCUCUGGGGACAAGACCUCCACGAUUGCCAUUGUGUGGCUAAAAUGUUAAACAAUCCACUGUCACUGGGCCACGCCACUGGCCAGAUGGUUCCUUAUCCCUUUGUAAAGAGUUCUGGGAAGGGCCUCAUCUAGUGUAUCUGUGAAGUGGGAAUGCCUGGUAGAAAAGUGGGAAGUUGAACUAUGAGUCACAAAUACUUUACUUGUGGGAAAGAGGAGCUUACAGGAACAUUGUGCACUGUACAGCUACAUUUCUCUUCUAAGGUUGUUGCAUAUAUUGGUUUGCCGAUUUCAGUCCAUAGUGGAAUAACUUUCCUUUUUCUUUUAGCAUGGCACAGAGGUAUACUAACAUAUUAACUGCUGUAGUAUAUGCCAUACUGUGCAUAAGAGGAGCUAUACAUUUUUUAUUUUCAGUUGAAAUGUAUUAUAAAGUUGUUCCUUGAUUUACAAGUAUAUAUUAGUAUAGAAAGCAACCAUACAUUCCUCUUAAACACAGCAUUGUAGAUAACAGAUUUUAAGAAAAGAGAUGCCCCACUAGGGAAUACCGUUUCAAAAUCAAUAGAGAAUUGGGUGGUAACAUUUUGAAAGGACAUUUUCUAUUAGAGGAAGUAUCGUAAGUAAUACCAGCUGCAAGGAUUGGGUGUGUCCACCUUCCUCUGAAACAAACAAACCAUGUUUUACUUCCUGAGAAAUUCCACCUUCUUCACAAUCAGCAACCCUAUGGAAUAAAAAGCAGAGCUACUGUGUAAAGUAUGUUUAGAAUAAAUAAGUACUGAUACAAUUUAUACUAAUGGCAAUCGGUUUCUCCCAAACUGUCCUUCUCUAUCCUUCUCUGCCAUGGAAAAAAAUGGUUGACUCAAAGAAUGAGCCAAAGAUCCAGAUUCUAUUUAUAGUACACACAGUAUUAAAGGCCCAGUGCGGUCAAAAACAUGAUUUUCCUGUGGUUUAUUUGUAUUUCCACACUACGAAUAAUACUGUGAAAUUGUGAAAAUCAGUUUCCUAUUACAGAAAACCUAAAGACUGUAUGUUAUGAUUCCUCUCAUAAAUCAUAGCUUAUUCACAUAACUUAGUAACGAAAUCCUAAUGACGACUGUCAUCAGUGUUAUAUUUUGACCUUCACGUCAAAAUCUGUAUGUUGCCAGACUGGACCCUCAAAAUAUGUUUUAUUUGGUUUGCUAUGUAUGUGUGUCUUUUGAUGUCGAAUGUAUGGUUAAAACAUUUUUUCUUUUUUUUUUCUUCAGUUCCUCAAGUUUUAAGGACGUGUGCAGAGUUCAUUGAGAAACAUGGUGUUGUGGAUGGAAUAUACAGGCUCUCAGGAGUCACCUCAAAUAUCCAGCGACUAAGGUAACUCUUUUUGCCACAUAAAGUGCCUUCCAAAAGGAUUAGGACAAGGUAGUGAAAGUUGGUGUUUGGUGCUCUAUACUAAGCAUGUUUGUACAGUACGUUUCUAGAUCUAGGCCAUUAUGAACAUACCAUGUUGGACAACUUUUGUUUAUUCAAUAUAAACACACGUUUCUACAUUUCAAUCUUACAAAGCAUACAGUGAGGGGAAAAAGUAUUUGAUCCCCUGCUGAUUUUGUACGUUUGCCCACUGACAAAGAAAUGAUCAGUCUAUAAUUUUAAUGGUAGGUUUAUUUGAACAGUGAGAGACAGAAUAACAACAAAAUAAUCCAGAAAAAUGCAUGUCAAAAAUGUUAUAAAUUGAUUUGCAUUUUAAAGAGGGAAAUAAGUAUUUGACCCCCUCUCAAUCAGAAAGAUUUCUAGCUCCCAGGUGUCUUUUAUACAGGUAACGAGCUGAGAUUAGGAGCACACUCUUAAAGGGAGUGCUCCUAAUCUCAGCUUGUUACCUGUAUAAAAGACACCUUUCCACAGAAGCAAUCAAUCAAUCAGAUUCCAAACUCUCCACCAUGGCCAAGACCAAAGAGCUCUCCAAGGAUGUCAGGGACAAGAUUGUAGACCUACACAAGGCUGGAAUGGGCUACAAGACCAUCGGCAAGCAGCUUGGUGAGAAGGUUGACAACAGUUGGUGUGAUUAUUCGCAAAUGGAAGAAACGCAAAAGAACUGUCAAUCUCCCUCGGCCCGGGGCUCCAUGCAAGAUCUCACCUCGUGGAGUUGCAAUGAUCAUGAGAACGGUGAGGAAUCAGCCCAGAACUACACGGGAGGAUCUUGUCAAUGAUCUCAAGGCAGCUGGGACCAUAGUCACCAAGAAAACAAUUGGUAACACACUACGCCGUGAAGGACUGAAAUCCUGCAGCGCCCGCAAGGUCCCCCUGCUCAAGAAAGCACAUAUACAGGGCCGUCUGAAGUUUGCCAAUGAACAUCUGAAUGAUUCAGAGGAGAACUGGGUGAAAGUGUUGUGGUCAGAUGAGACCAAAAUCGAGCUCUUUGGCAUCAACUCAACUCGCCGUGUUUGGAGGAGGAGGAAUGCUGCCUAUGACCCCAAGAACACCAUCCCCACUGUCAAACAUGGAGGUGGAAACAUUAUGCUUUGGGGGUGUUUUUCUGCUAAGGGGACAGGACAACUUCACCGCAUCAAAGGGACGAUGGACGGGGCCAUGUACCGUCAAAUCUUGGGUGAGAACCUCCUUCCCUCAGCCAGGGCAUUGAAAAUGGGUCGUGGAUGGGUAUUCCAGCAUGACAAUGACCCAAAACACACGGCCAAGGAAACAAAGGAGUGGCUCAAGAAGAAGCACAUUAAGGUCCUGGAGUGGCCUAGCCAGUCUCCAGACCUUAAUCCCAUAGAAAAUAUGUGGAGGGAGCUGAAGGUUCGAGUUGCCAAACGUCAGCCUCGAAACCUUAAUGACUGCAAAGAGGAGUGGAACAAAAUCCCUCCUGAGAUGUGUGCAAACCUGGUGGCCAACUAUAAGAAACAUCUGACCUCUGUGAUUGCCAACAAGGGUUUUGCCACCAAGUGCUAAGUCAUGUUUUGCAGAGGGGUCAAAUACUUAUUUCCCUCAUUAAAAUGCAAAACAAUUUACAACAUUUUUGACAUGCGUUUGACAUGUGUUUUUCUUGUUAUUCUGUCUCUCACUGUUCAAAUAAACCUACCAUUAAAAUUAUAGACUGAUCAUGUCUUUGUCAGUGGGCAAACGUACAAAAUCAGCAGGGGAUCAAAUACUUUUUUCCCUCACUGUACAUAUACUAGAGGAGUGUGGAAGCGUCAUACGUCUCCAGCUGUAUUGACACCCAUGUGUUUGUGUGCUUACUUACAGACAGGAAUUUUGCUCUGACUUGUGCCCUGACCUCACAAAGGAGGUGUACCUCCAGGACAUCCACUGUGUGGGCUCCUUGUGCAAGCUGUACUUCAGGGAGCUACCCAAUCCCCUGCUCACUUAUGAGCUUUACAAGAAAUUCACUGUGAGUACUGUUCAAAGAGGUAGGGUCUCUACCUGUCUGUAAUGCACCCACUUUGUUUACCAGAAUGUCUCUUGAUUUAUAUUAGGAAUGAGUCCUUUAAUAGUGAGGCACAUUCAAAGAAAGAAUGAUGUGCGACAUUGAUAAUACUUCACUUUUACUGUGUAGGACGCCGUCUCAGUCCAGGAGGAUCAUGAGAGACUACAACAUAUCCAGGGUGUUAUCAAAGAGCUACCACUCCCCCACUUUAGGUAAAACUCACUUCAGCCCUUUGCUGCCUCUGUGAUGUACCACUCAAUCGUUUAUAUGUGGUUAAAAAGCUAAACAAAUUCUGUUUGUUCUCUCUCUCCAGGACUCUGGAAUAUCUUACCAAGCAUUUGUCCCACCUGGCCACUUUAAGUCCCCAGACUAACAUGCACACCCGCAACCUGGCCUUGGUGUGGGCUCCAAACCUAUUGCGGUGAGCUCUACACCAAUUGUACACAAACCAAUAUCACCUUAUCCAAGAACAUACUAAAACAGUUGUAUGAUAACUAUAUUUUGUUCUUCCAUUUUGUUUGAGUUAUACUCUAGCUGAUAUUUAAUGUAAAAUCCCUCCUUGGUUGUGACUGAAAGCAUUUCUACUUUCUCGCUUGGCUAUGCGUUUCUCGCUUGGCUAUGCGUUUCUCGCUUGGCUAUGCGUUUCUCGCUUGGCUAUGCGUUUUGUAGCUCUAAAGAUAUUGAAGUUGCAUCCUGCAAUGGGGACAUGGCUUUCCAGGAGGUGCGGGUACAGCAGUCCGUGGUUGAGUUCAUUUUAAAUCACACUGAGCAGAUCUUCAACCAUGCAGCUGCACCAAUAAAGACGAAAGAAGGUAUGUUGUUUGAAAGUGUUGAUUGUGUGCAUUGAGAUUUCCUGAAUGUUGCCCUCUUGCUUGUUGCCCUCUUACCCUAAUUUUAUGUUGCCAUUGGAAAACGCAUUGUAUUUAUUGUCCUCCUUUCUACCUGAUGCCAAUAGUAUUUAAAAAACGACAUAUUGUAUUGCUACAGGACCCAGUUUGAUGUGUGGGGAGAAGUAUGCCACUCUUCCUAUCAGUGGCCAGAGUGGGCCAAUGAAGCUGAUGAGCCUGGAGGAGGCCCAGGCUCGCUCCCUGAGCCCUAACCACCCAGCACGGAAAGAGCGACAACGGGAGAACAGUCUACCUGAUACCAGCACUGCCACACUGUACCAUACCGUCAUAGACAUAUCAGAUACAAAGUGAGAUGGAUGAGAAUGGCUAGAGCGGAAUCAUUGGAACGGUAUCAGACACAUGGUUUCCAUGGUUUCCAUGUGUUUAAUGCCAUUCCAUUCACUCCAUUCCAGCCAUUAUUAUGAGCCUUCCUCCCCUCAACAGCCUCCACUGGUAUACAGAGUAAACAGUAAAAUACCCUGCAAAUCAGUCUAGGUUGAUUGUACUGUUUUAGCAAUAUGUAUGUUUAUUUGUGUUGUUUUGUUGUACAUUUAGCACACAUUGAACUUCAACAAAUAACAUCCGAACAAGCCAUGUUGUUAAUGUGCUUCAUCAUCUCCCUGUCUGUCAGAGGAAAGGUUUCUGGGAAAUCAAAGAAGUGGAAGUUCAUCUUCAACCUGGGCAAGUCUGUGACGGACUCUAAGGGGAGACUGAGCCGGAAUGGGAGCGUGUUAAUGAAAGCACAGAACAUCACAGGUAAAGCAUGAUGGAUAUGCUUAUCAACCAAUAUAGUGAUCCUUUCACUGCUAAGGCUAAAUGAUUUAUCAUGGAAAACAUAGUAACAUAGUACACAUUCUAUUGCCACCUUGAUAUAUUGAAUGAUCAAAUGAAAAUUAAUAUCACACAAAUAAACAUGCUACUUGAAAUAAUUGAGAUCAUGAUACAGAAUAAAAUAACAUGACUACAUUCUUCAUUCACAGAAAAGGCAGCUAUCCGACCAGCGAGAAGCAUGGACUCUUUGUGCUCUCUACAGACAGGUGGUGCUGAAUGCACUAAAUUGCAUACGAAAAACUUGUCAUCGUUAAACCUACUCACAGCAGUUCUCUCUCCCAUAAACAAAUCUUAAUUUGCUUUGUAAAUAAGGCAGAGACGAUAUGUAUCAAACAAUUUGCUUCUCAUUUGAUUUCCAACACAGAUGAUGACAAGGCAGGACAUUUCAGUUCAGCAGGCGGAGCCAACGGUUUCUUUGCGCCCGGCAUAAAAUCCAGAACACUUGAAUCUGACACGCUCCAUGACGUCAGUGAACAGGACCAGAGGCGGGAGUUUGAGAUGAAGAGAUCGAGCAAGGCCACAGGUGGCAGCAGCCCUAACAUGAAGAGAAGGGGCUCUCCAAGCGUCUCACCACCACAGCAGAAGGCUCUACCCGAACAACUGAAGGUUUUCAAAGGCGAUGAUGACCUCAGCAGCUGUCAGCCCAGCUCCCCUAAGAACAGGAUGCUGUGUUCUGGCUCCACCCACAGCAGUGCAUCCAGGCCCUCCUUCCCAGGAAGCCUCUUCCCAGAGUCCUCCCCCAGACAUCAGCGCAAGGCUCUCAACAUAUCAGAGCCCUUUGCUGUUUCCGUGCCCCUGAGGGUGUCUGCAGUCAUCAGCUCCAACAGCACUCCCUGCAGGGCACAAGGGAAGGAGAGGCCUGCUGCAGCUGCUCUGAAACCCAGCAGAGAGACCUCCCAGUCAGAACAGAGUGACAGUAGUGGCAGCUCAAGUUACAGAGAGAACCCCCUUGGAGAGAGCAGUGUUGGGAGUGAGAGCAGUAUCUACAGCAACAGCAGCUCAACCCCUCUGGAAACGGAAGAGAGACCAGCAGAGGAGAGGAGCAGAGAGGAGGCAGCUUUCAAAAGGGUGCCAGAAGGUAGGACAUUUUCACCUGUUAACAUAGAAAACAAGCCUGUGUGUGCACAUGCUUGCCCCCCCUCCGCGCAUAUGCAUGCACUCACUCAGAUGAAAAACCUUCCUCAUUAUCCAAGGUAAUAUUGUCUAUUAAUAUGAGUUUCAGGAAGUGAAGGAGAGUUGAAUGAUGUUCAAGGAAAGGUGGAAGUAUCUGACCUGAGACAGUCUUCCACUCCCACCACAAGAGAGGAAGAUCAAGAGAAACAGCAAUCUCCUGGGAAACAACUGGACAACCCGCCAGCACCACAGCAUGAGCCAAAAGAACUGACACACCUGGUAUGUUUAAUCUCCAGUUUAACGCUGUGCUUCAUCACAGACAAUUAACAAAGAAUAACGCAAUGACAAUGACUGACGCUUUAAUAAGCAUUUGUGGUUCAUGUUUUGCAGGAUAUGGGAUCUCUACCUAUCAAGGAAGAGAUGUGGUCUGACCUCCAUCUUGAGCUGAAAAUCACUGAGCCUGAGAUUGACAUUAUUGACGAGGAGUUUAUGCCUGUUUUCUGUUCCACCAAGAACACUUGUGAGGAUGUUAAGGCAAUGCCAGAUGCUCCAGCAAAAAGAAGAAGCAGCCUUCCAACUCACUCGUUAUUAUAUAAGGGACAGCCUUUGAUGCCCGCCAGGCCUGCACUGACCGAUCACGAUGCUGCCACUGUAGCACAUUCAGCAAGAAAGCACUCCUCAGACACACAAUUUCCAAAUGAGAAAACGUUACAUUUAAUGGUUGGCACAGAUAUGACAAAUACACCUCUACAUGCUGCUGAUUCAACAGAUAAAACAAAAAACAAACUACACACUUUCUCAAAAUCUAAGCUCCCAGAAACCGAUAAACGGACUUUCGUCAAGCCACGGCCUGCGGUUCGUCACCUCGCAGAGCCAAGUUUACAUUCUACUCAACAAAGCCAGGUCACAAAACGUUUGCAGCCAGGGGAUUUCAUAACAGACAUGGGCACGUUUGUAGCAGAGAAAGGAAAGGAGCCAUCAGGGAAAAGUAAAAGUCAAGAUUGGGUCAAAGGGGUUUUCCAUGACGAUGGAAAGAAUGCUUUGUCAGUUGUCAUGGGAGGCAUUGAGAGGCUUUCAAUAUGUUUGGAAGAAAGACCACACCACACCUUGGGGCUACCACACCAAGACAAUGAGGAUGGAUGUGGAGGACACUCUGAGUUGGAGGACUUGGAGGAGGAACCUUGGGAGGAGGUCUUCCGCGCCACCAAACAGUGGGUAACCAGUCCUCUCCAUUCACCCACACUUAAGGAUUUGUUUGGAAAACUAGAUGUGUCAUCGUCUUGUUCUGCGGGAGAAGGUUUGAACUCCAAAGAACUAAACGUUCCUCCUCUAUCUAGAGACGACAAACCAACAAAUGGAUCAUGUCCUGUUAGGAGCAUAGAAGUGUUCCCAGGAAAUAGCUCUCAGGCAUGCAGCAGCAAAACAGAGACCAAAAUCACACAUCUACUUCACUUAUCCUCCAAAACCACAUUGGUCGGUGAUGAUGCAACGAGAACACAAAGAGGAAACAGCUGCACAGCCAAACAGAAAAACACCACCUCCUCCCAGAGGUUUCACAGACAGACGUCUUAUGAAGCAUCUCAUUCAGAAAAAACUGAGCAGAACAGCUUUUCCAAACACAGGCCCUACUCACUCAAUUUGGAUUUAGGACAUCGACGCAUCAGAGACAUUUCCAAUCAGCAAAACCUUGAAUCAGCCGAGUUCACCUCCAUUCAGAGAGGGGCAGUGACCCCGUCUGGGACCAAAUCCAAUGGCCUGUCCCAGGAACUGGAGCUGUUCCUGAGCCAUCGACAGGCCCCUGUGCGCCGAAACUCGGCCCCUGUCAGUGUGUCGUCUGUCAGGACGGCCUUCAUGGUAAAAACGUGCCAGGCCAAAGCCGUGCCUGUCAUCCCCCCCAAGGUGCAGUACAGCCACAUACCUCAUCCGAGGCAAGACAAGGGCUCUGGUGCAGGAAAGGGACCAGAGAAAGAAUUCACAAAAACCAGGGGAGAGAAACUAGAUCCUGUAGCUCUUCUUCUUCCCUCUAUCAGGGAUCUAAAGGAGGAGUUGGAGAAUAAGGAACCAGCACCCAAAUCCCAGAUAAGGCAGGCUAUUGCAGAGAAACCUACAGAGACUAAUAAAACCACACCUACUUCAGACCCACCGGUGCUGAGGAGGAAACGCUCCUCCAAUGCAGAGGCCUUUGCUGAUUGUCCAAGACCUGAACGGUCUACGGUUCUACAAAGGCCGUCCUUUAGGAACCGCAAGAGACCACAAAGCCUCAUCUUGUUCAGUCCACCCUUUCCCAUCAUGGAUCACCCACCGCUGGGGGAUGAUGCCAAGCUCAUCCUCUCGCCCAUCAGAAGUCCAACUGAAACAUCAGCACUGGAUAUCUUUUCCAAAGAGAUGGCAGAUAACCUCGGGACCCCAGAGGGGGUGACCCUGCGGAACAAAAUGACAAUACCCAAGAGUGGACAGAGACUGGAGACCUCGACCAGCUGCUUUUAUCAGCCACAGAGGAGGUCCAUGAUAUUUGACAGCAGAAGCCACAGGCAGAUUGAAUGA